AUGAAAACCAUACGAAUGGGUGCGGAGGCAUUCAUCUAUUAUGACAGAAUCAUGCUCGCGAUUAACGAAAAGCAGGAUUAUGUGCUUAUGAAGUACAUUCCCAUAUUUUAUAUGCUCCUCCAUGCGGCAGUAGCUACUCACACUAGAGCAAAAUUGAAGUAUCCACAACUUGAACAGUCUGCGAGUCAGAGGCGGCGCGAAUCGGAGGAAACUUUGGCAACACUUCAAAGUGGACUUCUUGCGCGUCAUUCACCUUCAGCUCUCAUCUAUGAUGUGCUACCUCUAAUCGUACAAAUUGUUCAACCUCCUAUUAAAGCGAUAACUCUUUACCUUGCAACUGGCAAAUCUACCGAUGAAAAUGCCCCACCGACGACUAACACAACCCAUAUCAAAGAAUUGGUCGCUAAUGCAAAAGCUACAGCUGCGGCAGCUAAAACAUCACAAACUAGUACACCAUCACGCCCACUUUUCUAUAAAUACAACACGGGUUGCAGUACGGCUGUGAAGCGAACAAUUCGAAUGCAUCAGCUUCUGGGUUGA